AUGUCAUUUUUACACUUUUUUAAUUCUUUUUCUCUCUCUCUCCCUGUCUUUCUCUCUAUCUCCCCCUCUAUCUCCCCUCUCUAUCUCCCCCUAUUACCUUCUCUUUCUAUCUCUUACCCUCUCUUUCUCCCCCCCUACUCCUCUCUCUUCCCUCUCUCCUCCUGUCUUUCUCUCUAUCUACCCAUCUCUAUCUCCCCUAUUACCUUCUCUUUCUAUCUCUUACGCCUCUCUUUCUCCUCCACCCUCUCCCUCUCUCUCCCUCUCUCUCUCCCCCUGUCUUUCUCUCUAUCUAUCCAUUUCUAUCUCUUCCCAUUACCCUCUCUUUCUAUCUCUUACCAUUCUCUUUUUCCUCCCCUUCUCUCUCUCUCUUCCUCUCUCUCUCUCCUGUCUUUCUUUCUACCCAUCUUUAUCUCCCCUAUUACCCCUCUCUUUCUAUCUCUCUUACCCCUUCUCUUUUCCCCUCUCUCUCUCUGCUUCUCUCUCUCUCCCCGUCUUUCUCUCUACCCAUCUCUAUCUCCCCUAUUACCCUCUCUUUCUAUCUCUUACCCUCUCCUUUUCCCCCUCUCUCUCUCCCCUGUCUUUCUCUAUCUAUCCAUCUCUAUCUCCCCAUUACCUCUCUCUCUCUCUCUCUUACCCUCUCUUUCUCUCCCCCCUCUCUCUCUCCCCUUUUUCUUUCUAUCUACUCAUCUUUAUCUCUCCCUAUUACCCUCUCUUUCUAUCUCUUACCCCUUCUCUUUUUCGUCCCCUUCUCUCUCUUCCUCUCUCCCCCGUCUUUCUCUCUAUGUAACCAUCUCUAUCUCCCCCUAUUACCCUCUCUUUCUAUCUCUUACCCACUCUCUUUCUCCUCCCCCUCUCCAUCUCUCUUCCUCUCUCUUUCUCCCCCUGUCUUUCUCUCUAUCUACCCAUCUCUAUCUCCCCAUUACCCUCUCUUUCUAUCUCUUACCCCCUCUCUUUCUCCUCCCCCCUCUCUCUCUUCCCCUCUCGCUUUCAGUUCAUGACUGGAACAAAAUUUAA